AUGUGCGGUAUGACUGGCCGCUCUUCUCCCUCCUCCACCGCCUCUCUCCUCAGCUCACCUGCCUCUCUCUCACCCAUGCCAUGGAGCAAUGCUCUCUCCCGAUCCCCCUCUCCUCAUCCUCCACUCCCCACUCCCCUUCCUCCUCCUCCUCCUCGUUCUCCUCCUCCCUCACCUCCUCCUUCACGCCUCUCCUUCCUCCUCCUCGCCUCGCCCCGCCUCUCCACUCUCUCCAUUGUCGGGGGCGGGUGUCCCGUGACUGUUCUCAACACUCCUCAUCUCCACUCCUUAGUGGCUGGCUGCAUCGACCUCUCGCUCCCUCACCUCCUCUCUGUGCGUCAUCUCUACCUCCUAGUCGAACCCAACGCUCUGCUACUGCGUCAACCCACACGGGUGCUACCUAGUGGUUAUGCUGGGAUCGCAGCACCUGGGUCUGUACAUGGCCCACCUGACAACCUUUCUGGAUUUCUUCCUGGCUUUUCUCCUGCCAUUUCACCUGGGUUUGAAUCUGGCGUAGCAGGUCCGGGGAGUGUUGGAGGGCAGUGUCUGCUGCCAGAGAUGAGCAGCGAUGCGGACGAGAGCAUUCAAGACAGCAGCACACACUUUCCCAGCGGCCACGUCCUCCAUAGCAGCCCCUCCUACAGCAGCAGCAGCACCAGUGGCAUGUUAAACAACGGCGUUGUAGACGAACACUUCUCGCCCUUGCACACCAAUUCAGUGGCCUCGACACUCGAGCACCUUCCCAUCUCCCCCCCUUCCAGUUGGCUGGCCCGCGUGGCAGGCACAGUGGAGAUUCUUGUUGCACGGCGAGUGAUCGGGCAGCUGGAAUGUGGCACGUGGGGUAGCCUCAGGAGCAUGGCAGUCAAGUGCAUAUCCUCCCGCCGCCAGCACCACCAUCCCACUCCGCCCUUCGGCCUCUCUGCGCUGCACAGGCAGCAACCGUUGAGCCUUAGCGGAGCCACCUCCGCUGGCAACAGCAGUACUGCGGCUAGUUUCGGUAGCGGUUUGCACGGUGCGUUUGCAGCAGGAGCAGCAGCAGCAGCAGGAGGAGGAGGAGGACAAGAUGUGCUCAUGACCCAGGGACGAAUGGGUGAUGCAUCAAACGAUCUGCAUCACCCGCUUCCUCCCUACAAUCCCCGUGGUCUUUCCAAUUUCGGCCCUCCCUCUGCAAUUCCCCCUCCUGCUCUCUUCUCUCUGUCUGAGAUCGAUUCUUCCUCCGAGCCCAGCCUGCUCCCGUUGCCAGUGGGUACGGGCCUCUUGGGUUUCUUCUGCUGCUUGCUGGGUGCGCCCUGUUCCCGUGCAUCUCUGCACACCUUGCUGCUGCACUGCCCUCUCAUGCGCUCCCUGCACGUGUGGGUGCCUGCUGCUGCUGAGACGUGGCGAUGGGACGUGAGGAGCGGGUGUGUAUCGAUCCAUCGUAUGGACUCCACCAUGAAGAGAUGUACUUAUCACCCUGGUGGAGAAGAGAACCUUGGUGACAUUGUACACUUGGAAGGGAGUUUCAAAGGAGGCAGUGCGUUUGACUUUUGGCAAGACUCCGGAGGAUUCGCUCAGUACGUUUUCUGGGCAGAUCCAUCACAGAACAUCCCUUAUCCCCCGUCGUUUCCUGACUUCACUGGAAGCUGGCAAGAGUACAUUGAUUACGCCUCUCGGCUUUACUGUGACAAAAGCAUCAUGAAGUCAGCUCAAUCUAUGUUAGAAAAUCACAUCAAGACCAUCAUUCAGAGGGUGAAUCACAUCAGCGGCCUCGUCUAUAGUGAAGACAACACGAUCUUUUCGUGGGAGAUUACGAACGAGCCUCAAGACCCACCUCGCUGGUGGAUUGACAGAAUGGCCAAGGACUACUCAACCGAUUUCUUGGAAAGGCAUGCUGGCUACACACACAUACUGAAAAAGCCACUCAUCCUAGAGGAGUUUGGACUUGCGAGAGAUGGAUGGGAGAAACAGGAGUGGGCAACGCCAAGCUCCACGAACAGAUACAGCCAAGGUCGUCCCUCAGACAGUGGCCCACGUCGACUUGGGGAUCCCCCACACGAAACACCUGGAUGGUACUCGAUCUAUGAUCAGGAUGCAAGCACAAUCAAGAUCAUCUCCAACUAUUCAGUGGGGUAG